UAUAUAGGUAGAGAGCAGAGCAUAUGCAGAGCAGGGGAAGGGGCGAAGCGUACUCCUUCCCUGCAGCUGCUUCCAUCAAUACAAUACAACUAGUGAUUUCGUUGCAGUGAUCCUUUCUGUCGAUGGCGCAGCAGCAGGGGCAGGGGGCGGGUACUACUACAGUGGCGAUGAUGAGCCGGAACCCGAGCUACUACUACUCCGGCGAGGGUGAGCUGAGCCUGGCGGUGCAGCGGCAGGACUCGCUGUACAGGGACGCGAGCCGCGCCGGGCAGCAUGAGCAGGCGCAUGGCGAGGGGUGGGCGCGCACGCUGCGUCUGGCCUUCCAGUGCUUCGGCGUCCUCUACGGCGACAUCGGCACCUCCCCACUCUACGUCUACUCCACCACCUUCGACGGCGGCAUCCGCCACACCGACGACCUCCUCGGCGUCCUCUCCCUCAUCAUCUACAGCUUCCUCCUCUUCACCAUCAUCAAGUACGUCUACAUCGCCCUCCGCGCCAACGACGACGGAGACGGCGGCACUUUCGCCCUCUACUCCCUCAUCUCCCGCCACGCCAAGGUCAGCCUCGUCCCCAACCAGCAGGCCGAGGACGAGCUCCACCUCCACAUCAGCAAGUCCUCCUCGCUCCGCCGCCCCUCCGUCCAGCGCCUCGCCUCCACCGCCGAGGAGCGCGCCCAGUGGGUCAAGGACCUCCUCGAGAACAGCCGCCCCGUCCGCAUCUCCCUCUUCCUCCUCACCAUCCUCGCCACCGCCAUGGUCAUCAGCGACGCCUGCCUCACGCCCGCCAUCUCCGUCCUCUCCGCCGUCGGUGGCCUCAAGGACAAGGCGCCACACCUCAACACUGAGCAGGUGGUGUGGGUGACGGUGGGCAUCCUGGUGAUGCUGUUCGCGGUGCAGAGGUUCGGGACAGACAAGGUGGGGUACCUGUUCGCCCCCGUCGUUUUGCUGUGGCUCCUCCUCAUCGGCGGCGUCGGGGUGUACAACCUCGCCGCCCACGACGUCGGCGUCCUCCGCGCCUUCAACCCAAAGUACAUCCUCGACUACUUCCGCCGCAACGGACGCCACGGCUGGGUCUCCCUCGGCGGCGUCCUCCUCUGCUUCACCGGCACCGAGGCACUCUUCGCCGACCUCGGCUGCUUCAGCAUCCGCUCCAUCCAGCUCAGCUUCGCCUUCGGCCUCGUCCCGGCCGUGCUGCUGGCCUACGCCGGGCAGGCCGCCUACCUGCGCGUGUACCCGGACCACGUCGGCGACGCCUUCUACGCGUCGACGCCGCAGGUGCUGUUCUGGCCAACCCUGGUGCUGGCGCUGGCGGCGUCCGUGGUGGGCAGCCAGGCCAUGAUCUCCUGCGCCUUCGCCACCAUCUCCCACUCGCAGGCCAUGGGGUGCUUCCCGCGCGUGAAGGUGGUGCACACGUCCAGGCAGUACCAGGGGCAGGUGUACAUCCCGGAGAUCAACCUCCUGCUGGGCGCGGCCGCCUGUGUGGUGACGGUGGCGGCGCGGGACACGGUGGUGAUCGGCGAGGCGCACGGCAUCUGCGUGGUGCUGGUGAUGCUCAUCACCACGCUGCUGCUGACGGUGGUGAUGGUGCUGGUGUGGCGGGUGAACAUCGGGUGGGUGCUGGUGUUCGCCUGCGUCUUCGCCUCCACCGAGUCGGUGUACCUGACGUCGGUGCUCUACAAGUUCGCGCACGGCGGGUACAUACCGGUGGCCAUGUCGGCGGUGCUGAUGGGGGUGAUGGGGGUGUGGCACUACGUGCACGUCAGGAGGUACAAGUACGAGAUGGAGAGGACGGUGUCGACGGAGAGGGUGAGGGAGCUUGUGUCUCGGAGGGAGCUGCAGAGGGUGCCCGGUGUGGGGCUCUUCUACACGGACCUCGUGCAGGGGAUCCCCCCGGUGUUCCCUCACCUCAUCGACAAGAUCCCCUCCAUCCACACCGUCCUCCUCUUCGUCUCCGUCAAGCACCUCCCCGUCCCGCACGUCGACCCCUCGGAGCGCUUCCUCUUCCGCCAGGUGGAGCCGCAGGAGCACAAGCUCUUCCGCUGCGUCGCGCGCUACGGCUACCGCGACCGCCUCGAGGACGCCCGCGACUUCGUCGCCAACCUCGUGGAAAGGCUGCAGUACUACGUGCGGGACGUCAACCUGUACGGCGCCGCCGCCAAUAAUAAGGUGAGCUACCCGAGCUCUCGUUGCGACAGCAUGGGCAUACCCAAGUCGGCUUCCUACGCGGAGAGGCUGCAGCUGCAGAGGGCCAGGUCGGUGGCCAUGCUCCACUCGCAUUCUCAGCAUCAGCAACAGCCUCUGCCUCAGCAGCUGGGCCAGCUGCUUCAGUACUCGGCAUCCACGGGAGAGCAGCAGCGCCGCUCCGUUUACGCGGAGGAGAUGCUUACUCCGGCGGAGUCGUUCUCGGAGAUGGGGACGAUGGCGGCGAGCGGGCGGCAGCUGAUGGCGGUGGCGGUGAAGAUGAGCCUGGAGGAGAUGGCGCGGAUCGAGGAGGAGCAGCGGUUCAUACAGAGGGAGAUGGAGAAAGGGGUGGUGUUCAUCCUCGGGGAGAGCGAGGUGGUGGCGAGGCCUCACUCCUCCCUCCUCAAGAAGCUCGUCGUCAACUACGCCUACUCCUUCCUCCGCCGCAACUGCAGGCAGGGCGACAAGAUGCUCGCCAUCCCCAGGAGCCAACUCCUCAAAGUCGGCAUGUCCUACGAGAUCUGAUCGAUCUCUCAUGCAUCCCCCAUCCAUUCCUUCAUAAGCAAACCUUCCUUAAUUAUUGCUUUCAUUUCUUCUUCCUUCUUCAUUAUUUCAAUCUCGAUCCAUCUACUCUACUACUAGUUCUUCAUUUCUUCUCUGCUACUCCAGUAUACUCCACUGGUUAUGGUUAGUACUAGCAGCUAAGCUAAGCUAAGCUAGCUUCAUAACUAUAAGUGCCUUUAUUGAUGCAUGCAUGCCAGUAUAUAUAGUGAUCAUAUAUAUACAUACACAUAUACUAGCGGAGGAGUAUGUAACUAGUUGCUAGUAUUGCUGAUUGAUAAUUAAUUGUACAAUUGGAUGCAUGGGAUGGGAGACCACUGAAUUGAUCCAGGUUCUUCCUACAUGUUUGUAUGUAUGUAUGCUUGUAGAAGCUUGCACAGAUAUAUUGAUCAUAUGAUUGUCAAUUCCUUGUUGCAACCUC